GUGGUGGUUGUUGAUAAGCUGCGUGUAGUCGUUUCACGUGUUUGCCUAACCGGCCCCAAGCGGCAAACAUAAACACGUGAUUUUUUUGUUUUUUAAAUUACCGUAUGUCACUCAAUUUUCAUUAUACUAUUGUUCUGAUUCCGAAUUUCGAUGUCUUACAACAAUAACAGAAACAGCUUCGGCCGCGGAGGCGGUGGCGGCGGCGGAGGAGGAGGUGGCGGUUUUCGAGGCCGAGGUGACGGAGGUGGCCGAGGAGGCGGUGGCGGUAAUUUCCGUGGCGGCGGUGGAGGCCGUGGUGGAAGAGGUGGUUUUAAUAGGUUUGCAGAACAAGGACCACCAGAAGAAGUAAUACCUCUGGGUUAUUUUACUCAUGCUUGUCAAGAUGACAUUAUUUGCAAAGCUGAAAUGGAAGACGUUCCAUACUUUAAUGCACCUAUAUACUUUGCUAAUAAACAACAAAUUGGAAAAAUAGAUGAAAUAUUUGGCACAUACAGUGAUUAUUUUGUUUCCAUUAAGUUAAACUCUGAAAUUAAAGCAAAAUCUUUCAAAGGAAAUGACAAGUUAUACAUUGAUCCAGCAAAACUGUUACCACUGAAGAAAUUUUUACCUCAACCUGGCGGUCAGAGAGGUAGAGGUGGCGGUGGAAGAGGACGUGGUGGUCGAGGAGGAGGUGGUCGUGGAGGAGGUGGUUUCGGUCGUGGUGGUGGCGGAGGAGGCCGUGGUGGUUUUGGACGUGGUGGUGGUGGUGGCCGUGGAGGCGGUGGAGGACGAGGAUUUGGCGGUGGACGAGGUUUUGGUGGUGGCGGUGGACGAGGAGGAGGAGGACGAGGUUUCAAGAGAUGAAAAUAAUAUUAAAAUAAACAAAUAUUUGUGUUAAUAUCAUGUUCUCAUAAUAUUUCUUUGACUACGAGAUUAUUAAAUCUAUUUGAAUUUAAGACCAAAUUAUUUUACAUGUUAUUUAUCAUGUUCUAUGCUGUAUUAAACUUAAGCCUUUAUUAAAAAAAAAAUAAACCAAUUUUUAUUAUUUUA